AUGGGCUCCAGCGGUUCAAUCGCUAACAUCAAGCCCGUCAACAUGGAGAGUAACCUGGAGGCUUGUGAUAUCACAUUUCCGGUUCCUGUUUCCAACAGCCCAUCCGCUGCCUUCAGAGCGAUUGUCUCGUCUUUGUCUGAACUGCAGUCUUCUGAGGAAAAGGCGCGAGUGGCAAGACUGUCGCUAAUGAACGGGGGAGAGCAUAUCGCUGUGAUAUUGCUUUUGGAAGGUCACAAGCCCAUGGAGUCUUUUUCUCGGCUGCAAAUUGAGAUGGUGUGCUCAGGUUGUCCCAUCCCCAUGAUCCCCAUCUCCACGACCCAAGAUUUGGCCGACUGCCUUGAAUCUCUCAGGCGGGAUUGCAUUAGGAAGAAUCACGCUGCCAAUACUGAGCAACAGGCAACUAAUGAUAACUUAGUAUGCUGGUGCGUCGAAGGCAAACCUCUUUCAAGAGACCAGGUCAACGUUCUGACCGGAAUCACAUCCGGGUUCAGGGGCUUCGCAGACCUCUACUCCAGCCCAGGCGGCCAAGCUACAAUCUGUGAAUACCUUGGAGGUAGCGAUGGUGAACGAGUCGUCUCGUUUCUCUCCAAUGGCCCGUCGCACAUCCGCGAGCAACCAGGACUAACAGAUGCACACAAUGUGUGA